AUGCGCCAUGUGCUAUCCCAGCUAUUCCACUGGGUGACGCCUAAGCGAUUGUUCUUCUUGUGUAUGGCCGUGGCAUUCGCCAAGCUUUUGCACCUGUUCAUUCAAGAAAAUGCGCAAAGACUGAUAGAGCGCGCGGAUGGGACGGUUGACCUUCGUCGCAAGACAGUUGAGCCCCUGGUUGAACUGACUAAUGCCUACGUGUCAAACACUGCUACUUCCACCGUCGGCGUGGUCCUCGCAUCCAUCCAUACGGACAAGUUGGACUGGUUGCUCGACUACUGUAAGGAAACCACACCUUUCAUAUACACCGGCGAACGACCCCCCGAAGCUGGCCUUCUUGUUCCUCCCACUCUCCGCGGUCGCGAAUCUCCAGCCUACCUCUCCUACAUCGUUGACUUUUACGACCAUCUCCCCGACUACUCCCUUUUCGUCCACGCAUGGCCAGAGCAGUGGCAUAAUGACCUGUUCGGAGACCUCACCAUAGAUACCCUGAGACUGCUCCGGUUUGAGUCUGUCGAUGCCCGCGGUUAUGUCAACCUCCGCUGCCAACACAACCCAGGCUGUCCGGCAGGUGUAUGGCCUCUUACUCCGUCUGAAGCCGAUAUUGAAAAGGACGACAUUCGCGCACACUUUGCCCUGGCCUAUGAACAGAUGUUUAAUGUGACCCGUGAGCAAGUGCCGGGCGAGCUGGGAAAUAUCUGCUGCGGUCAAUUUGCCGUGUCUCGAGAAAGGAUCCGGGAACGGCCCAAGGAGGACUAUGAAAGGAUAUUGGAGUGGGCGGCCACGACAGACUUGACAGAUGAUUUCGGGGUGGGAUGGGUGCUUGAAAAACUCUGGCACGUCAUUUUUGGCAUGGAUCCGGUGUAG